CAUUUCAAGGUAUUCUUUAAAAUUGUCCGUAUAAUAAGUCGCUUCAAAUCAAACAUAAUGAAAGCUAAUGGCUGAAACUGUUCACGAAACAGCUGAUGGUGCAUCGUUCGAUCUUCAAUAAAAACUUGUUUCUUUCAUUCUAGAGUGUAAUACUAUUUAGAUGAAACCCCAUUCGUUUCAUUGUUUAGCUUUGAAAUCAGGAUGUCACUGACUAUCCAGCAAAUAAUUUUGGAUGCAAAAAGGCUCGCAGGUCGUCUUAAAGAACGCGAAACAGAGGCUGAUGCUCUGUUGAGCGAAACCCAAGCAACUUAUCGACAAAUUCAUACAAUGAAACAGUAUAAAGAAGAAGUUGAUACAUUAAAUGAGGCAUCACGAGAGAGACCAAGAGGGGCUCUCAUCGCCAGCAUAGAGAGAGAGUCUCAGCUCAUGAGGGGUGUGCAGAGGGAGAAUGGUGAGCUCAGAGCUGCACUAGAAGAUCACAGACGAGCCUUGGAAUUAAUCAUGUCAAAAUAUCGACAGCAUACAGAGAAGAAAAUAUGGGAGUCAAGAAUAGAUUUCACCUCAGCUAUAAAUGAGAAACAACAAGAGUUGAUACGCCAGCAAGCAGAACGAAUCAAUGAAAUGACAACUGUUAUGUACAAAGCAAUAAAUAUGGACGAGAAUAGUGAAGCCAGGAAGGAUGAAGAGCUUUACCAAAGGCUCAUUACUGAAAACAAGGGCCUGAGAGAAAUGCUGGAUCUAUCUCGAAGGUACGGGUCUGAUCGUGUGAUGGCGCCUCCAAUGGAGGACAAGGACGUUCAAACAGACGGCCCGCCGCUGACGGGAGCGUGACGCCCCGCGCUGCCGGCACACCGACCGACUGCUACCUCGCGCGCUCACAGGUAGAUCCUGCAAAAUACUCCUGUCUGCACAUCUGAAUGUUUUUACUCACAAAUUUAGAAAUGUCAAAAGUCAGCUCAUCAGGCGAUGAUUUUCAUUAUCAAUUAGUCGGGUUUCGUUUUUUUCAAUAAUUGAAAGAUCACAAAAUGAUGCACACAAAAUUCGGUAUAAAUAAUUGCAUAUGUUUUGUAAUAAUAUACAUGUGUAUUUAAUGAUUUCACACAAGGUAUUAAGGUUUUAUUAAAUAAAGAAAAAUCUUUUACUGCAUGUAAUGGUUUAUUUAACAAUGACAUGAUCUUAUAACUUUAUCAAGUAAUAGUGUUUGGUAUCAAAUUUAAAAUUUAUUUUAAUUGAAUUUAAGACCUUAUUAAUAAUUAUUAUAAAAUAUUAUCUGAAGUUUUUUUUAUUGCAAAGUAUAAAAGUAGUAAAAUCGUAUUAUGUUACUUAUUUUAAAUAAAUAAUGAAUUAAUCGUUUUGUACAUUCACUCUUUGCAUUCACAAUUUAAAAGAAAUGAAUUGUUUAGGCGAUAUGCCAAACUUAAAUGAUACAUAAAUUGAGACACAUAAGUGACUUCUCUAAACAUAGAUCAAUUGUUGCCUGAUUACACUAAAAUAUGUUUCCUUGGUUUUAAUUGUAAUAAAUAGUCUACCCUUAAACUGUAUUCUUUGUUGGCUAUCCUAUUGAAAGGGGUGCAUAUAAGUUUAAAACGUAUUUCACUGUCAGCCAAAUCUAUAAAUUAUCAUGAAGUUUGUGGUAUUUGGCAUAAGUUACAUGUGGGUUAGUCGUCCUGUUUGUGCUGGUCAAAACUGUUUAAACCAUUAGCACUACAUACACAAAAUGCGCCUGCAAUGACGAUGUAGCGAAACUUGGUGGUUCCAAUAUUGUUUUCCGGACAAUAAAGCUGUACUUUAAAUUAUGUGUAAGAUAUCUCAGAACUGUAAAGGGGUCCUUUGCCUAAUGCACAUGUGUUUGUAAUUCAUUUGUGCUGACAGAGAGCUUUAAGCAAAAAACAGUGACCGUUCCAGUAUACAAAUUUAUACCUAUUGUUACUCACAAGUUUUGGAUCCUAGGUCUAUUGACAUGGUUUACCUUUCCGCUUGAUAAAAAAAUGUGACAAGAAUACAGUGAUACAACAUACCUUUCAAUGUAAUGAUUAUUUGAUUUUUCCUUUAUUUGAAGUUUCGGUGUCAAUAAUUUGUAAUGUUCUAAAAAAUGUAGGAAUAAUCGUUUUACUUUCUCAUUUAAAUUAGAGUUGAUGGUUGUAGACGUGAUAGUAAAUUGUAACGUGUUCAAGUCUCAUCUCGUAGAUGUAACUUCUUAAAUAAUAUAGUCUCUUUCACAGCUACUGUGAUCUUCAAAAAGUUUUUAAAUGGUCCAUAUUCUCAGCGAAUUGACCAUUUAAACAGUAGAGCAUUUAACACUGAUAACCUUUAAGUAGUGUUACAACUAUUAUUUACUUAAGUAUCUGAAAUAGAACUACAUAAUAUUGUUUUUCUUUAUCUGACUUUAUCUGAUUUACAAAUCAAAGAUUAAAGAUUACAAAGAUCUACAAAUUAUUCUAUAUUUGAGGUAGAUUAUCUAUUUUGUAUGUUUGUCACACCUCGUCAAUGUGAGACCGAUUUGGAUUCAUAUUAUUAAGUUAAAUUAUUUUAAUUGUCGAGUAUAUGAAUAUUAUUAAGAUAAUGGACUUUUGUUAAUUUGAAAAUAAAAUUGUACGCUUACACAUACAGUUUCGUAAAUUUUUAAUUCAAGAUUUUAAUACUCGUUACUGUAUACCUUCUGGUGUUGCUUUGUAAAUUUAUAGUGUUGUACCCUAUUUAGAAUGAUCUUAGAUUAUUCGAAUUUCACUUAUUAUGUAUUAGUAAACACGAUAAACGGACAUUAUGAUUUACUAUUCGAUUGACACCUGCAAGCUAGUUAUAAUGAUAGUAGACUAUAAUAUUAUACAGGGUGUAAGAGAAACGUUCCUGAGGCCAAAUGGUAUAAUUCUUAAAAUUCUUACUUUUGCUAAAUAAAAUGAGUUAAUGAAUAUGAGCAAACUGAUUCCAGGUUUGUAAGCCCUGAAAGAGCACUGUUCAGCAUCAGUGCAGCUGUCUUGACAAUCUUGACAGUAGUACAGACCCUUUAUCUAUAAGUGACAUUUGGUGAAUUUUGAAGUCGUCGUGGCCUAAAGGAUAAGACGUCCGGUGCAUUCGUAUCUAGCGAUGCACCGGUGUUCAAAUCUCGCAGGCGGGUACCAAUUUUUCUAAUGAAAUACGUACUUAACAAAUGUUCACGAUUGACUUCCACGGUGAAGGAAUAACAUCGUGUAAUAAAAAUCAAACCCGCAAAAUUAUAAUUUGCGUAAUUACUGGUGGUAGGACCUCUUGUGAGUCCGCACGGGUAGGUACCACCGCCCCUCCUGUUUCUGCCGUGAAGCAGUGAUGCGUUUCGGUUUGAAGGGUGUGGGGCAGCCGUUGUAACUAUACUGAGACCUUAGAACUUUUAUCUUAAGGUGUGUGGCGCAUUUACAUUGUAGAUGUCUAUGGUCUCCAGUAACCACUUAACACCAGGUGGGCUGUGAGCUCGUCCACACACCUAAGCAAUAAAAAAUAAAAAAAAAUUUAGGGCUUGUAGCAUUUACGUCUGAACCUUUACGGCUUAGUUUUUUUGGGUGUAUUGUUAGUAACCUCGAGGGGUUUUGCUAGUUUCACACGUGGGUUUAAAGCGUUAGCUGCAGUAAUACGACUUUGGUUAGUUGAGCAUUGUUGCGUGAAAAACCUCUGACAAGUUCUAUGAGGCGAAGAGGGGAUGUUUAUUAAAAAUACGUAUUAUACGUAAUUCAGUAUACCUAUUUAGCAUAGUUAGUCUCUAUUUCGGGUCCAAGCAACAAUACCAACAUCGGCCUUCGAUUAUGCCACAUAGACAUACUGAUUUUUCUGUGUUUACAUUGUUCCCCAGGUCAGUUUCUGUUAUUUUUUAUUAUCGCCGUUAGCUGUCAUAGUGAAACUUUGCUUGGUCGUUAAUAUUUGUGACCUUGCUCGUUCACGAAGCCCGCUAUAGAAAGCAGAGUAUUAAAUACACUUGACAUUGGCGAAAUCUAAAAGGAAACGCCAUAAACCUAAGAGAUAGAUAGAUAAGAUUUUUCAUUUGCUGUUGAAUAAAAAUUACUCCUUAUAGGGAUAUACCUUAUAGGUAAUGGUAUGCAUUUACGCAGGUUUAAUAGUUGUAAUUAUUGGUAUUACAUUACUGUAGGAGAAGAGCACGAAAAAUGCCACCAGAUCUUUGAAAGGUUACAAGAUGGUUUUUAUAGGCUGAUCUUAUUAUUAUUUUUAAUUCCUAGUAAGUUGAUGGAAAUUCAUAAAUAGUGUGUUUCAAACGUCACUAGCAGUCAUUUCUGAGUAGAAAUAUCUCGCAAUCUCUAAAUUAUCUCUAAAUAAUAUCUCUAAAUUUCCAAUAAAUUUUUGAUUGCACCAGUAUUUUGGUUCCUCAGUUCGUUGCCAAUACUCAAAUUCUGGUAUUUAAGGUUGAUAUUUUUGUGUUGUUUAUUUGCCUUGUGGUAACUCUGAAUGUUUUCCAUGGCCAAUGCAACUUAUGUUUUUCUUUUUAUUUGAAUCAGCCCCUAUGAGUUCUAUUUUAAAAGAUGUUUUUUUUUAUUGCGCGGUGGUUUUAAUUAGUUAAGUAUGUUUUAAAUAUCUAGGAACUCGAAUAGUUUUGUGCCCCCAGUGGGCAUGCCGAGGGUAUCCAUCUCCAUUCUGAACAUGAUGCGUCGUUCUGUUAUAAAGUUACCACUUGUCUUUGUUUCAAGGAGCUUUUCCCUUACAACCUGUGUUUUUAUUAAUGUUGUCAAUCACGUCACGUGUAGUCAGUCAUUAGCCAGGUUAUGAACAGGUCCACUGUAUUUGCAUUCAACACUGAAUGUAGUUACAAUAAUUUUUCAACCUAAUGUUAUGAAUGUAGUUAUAGUAAUUAAAAUAUUUAUAUACAUAAUAUAUUAUAUGCGCCUCUGUUCUUAGAUGACAAUAUUGCCUGUUGAAAUUCUUGUUAUGCCAGAAAUUAAAUGAAAUUUGGAAAUUAAUUGUAAUGCAAGGCUAAUUAACAGGAAUGCUUUCAGUGUUUAGACAUGUAUUAGUGUUAUACAAUAGCUGAUUGUUGCUAGGGAAUUUGGAAAUGUAUACUGAUGUCGCGGAGGAUUCUCAUACAAAAUGUUUGUUGAAAUGUUACUUUGUACUCAAUAAACUGUUAAUAAAAUGGGCAUAUUAUUCUUCUUUCUUAAUUAGAUAUUUAAAUUUUUAAUGAUAUUGAACAAUUUCUUUAAAUUUAUAAUGAUUUUCACAUUAUUAGGUAUUUAUAUGAUUAGCAUUAUUGUGUAGUUAUAGUUAGUAAUCAUUUUUAUUUUAUUUUUAAAUUAAGCCUAAUUUCAGUUUCGUGAUCAAUAAAAUCUGUACAAAUUGUAAACAAGAAUAGUACUUAAAUAUAAAAGAGGAAUUAAACAAUGGUAUGGUUGUCUCUUGAUAUAAUUCAAAAUAUACCAAUGAAUCCCAUCCAAGGUAUGUUUUGAUUAAGACCACAUAUAUAAAUAAAUAAAAUAUACAUGCUUGCUCAAAAUUAUUCGCGCGCUACCCUAUCGUAUGGUAAUGGUACAAUGCCAAAAACCUCUUAAAGUGGAAACAACUACAAACAAAACACUCAGAUAAACGAAGAAAUAAUUUAUGUGUAUUAUCUGUGAAACGAAGCACGAACGCAUAAGAAUUGAACAAAUAAAUGAAGAAUAGAACAAACAAAUAAAAACGUAGAAUAAACCACAUAAUAUAGAUUAAGUAGUAUUAAUUGGUUAAAUUAGCCUACUUGCAAUAAUUAUACAGUUUUUAAAUGACUAACAUUUAGAUAAUGUGUACAAAACACAUUUGAUGUUUUUGAGACCCCUAUGUUUAUCAGUCAAUUUUUUGUUAAAAGAAUAUACCUUCACUGAUCAAGUCAUAAGGUUCAUUAUCGAUUACUUGAAUAAAAAUAUAGUAUCGUUUCGUUAUAAAGAACGCUGGAAGUUAUGAAUUCAAAGAUCCGAGUAAUUCAAUAUAGUUUAAAAAUAUAUUAAUAGUAGAACAGCGACAUAAAUUACAAGAAUUAGUACCCAUAGACGUAUGUAUUUAUUUGAUAAAAAUUCACAGUAAAUUUGACCAUGAAAGUAAACGAUAAUUUUUAUUCUCAUCCAGCUCAGAUUGAUAUUUUAGGAUUUAAGGUUACUGUAAUAACUUAAUCUUCUAGUAAAAUAGAAAAUAUGCAGCAUUUAAUGUUACUCAGCAUAAAGUAAUAAGUCGACGAGCAAUAAUAUAUUAACUUGAUUAGUACCAUAACAUUCUGGUCCAAAAUUAAUGGUUCAUAAUAAAUACAAUUGUUUCGUAAUAAUAAAAUAUUUAUCAAAGAUUAGCCAAUGAAAUUGGUUAAAAUAAAUUAUGAAUAAACAUUUAUUAUUAUUAUAGAUUCAAUUUCCAUUAGUGUGCUAUAGGCGUUUACGGUAUCUGAAAGUCGAAGUGUACACACACUCAAAGUAGUUAAUAUCUCAUUUAUUUCGUUUAUUUAUUAGAUUAUUAUGAAUCUAACUGUAAAAUUAGAAAAACUCGAAUAAAAAAUUAAAAUAAUGUCAUAGUAUUUUUCUGUAGACGAAAUUGUAGAACAUGAAUUACUAUGUAUGUUUAAAAUGUAUUGAAUAAAUAUAAAUGAAUAAG